AUGGCCGCUAAACAAGUCGUCGAUCAAGAAAUCACACGCAGGCAACGAUUUUCAGACAUUGAAGAAAAUCCGCGCCGAAAAUUAAUGCCAAUUAGUGGCUAUGAAGAAAAACCAAUAGUUACAUUGGAAGAAGCCGUUGAACCUCUGGAGAAAAUUGUACGUAAAGUUAAGGAUAAUGCUGCUUGGGCAAAAUGGAAAUGUGAAGAUCCCCCUGCAGAUAACCUUUCAGUCGAUCAAUCAGCUGCUAUCAUACUGUAUACGAUGGAAAUGGAUAGUGAAAAAGAGUGCGUAUUCCAUACACUCAAUUCAACUCUCCGCAAUGAAGACCGGAAAACCCUGAAACCAUGGUUUUUGUAUUUACGGUUAUUACUGUCGGCUCUUGCAUUAUUGCCAACCGUUUCGAAGCACGUUUAUCGUGGAAUUAGAGGCAACUUGCAAAGUGCAUAUAAAACAGGUGAAAAAAUAAUCUGGUGGGGAUUCAGUUCAUGUACGACAGAUCUGAGUGUGCUGAGCAAUGAUCAAUUUUUUGGUUCGACAGGUGUUAGAACUUUGUUCAACAUCGAUUGCAAAAUGGGAAAAGAUAUUAAAAAUCAUUCGGCUUUUCCAAAAGAAUGCGAAAUUCUUUUACCAGCGGCUCGAUGCUUUCAAGUUGUGGCAUGUCUUCCACAAGGUUCUGAUAUGAACAUAGUACAAUUGGAAGAAAUCAACUCACCUGUUAAACUUAUUGAACUUGGACCACAAAUUACACAUUCAUCAACUGGAGCAAGUGGAAGUAAUAGCAAGGGAGCAGCUGCAUCGGUCACCGUCAGGUAAGAGUAGUCUGGAAACGCGAAAAGCCUAAUAUUUCACUUUUUCUAGCAUGGAAUCACUGACUAUCCAGAAGCCCUCGACAGGUAGGCUUUUAGCAUAAUUAUAUGUACUGUUCCUAUCUAAUAUUCCAUUUUUUAUUACAAUUGCAUUUUGUUAAUUAUCGACAUUGUAUAUUCACAGCGUAGAAGUAAUUUGAUGCAACUACGAGAGAAAAUCAUUGAAUUAGUAUUCUAGAAAGAUACCGAUUUCAAACGAGAAACUGAAACAAUUAGUCAGGAUGAAAAAAUGCGAGAACUAUCAUUGAGGUUAAAUGUCAAGCAUACAUGCACUGUUGAAAUAAAUCCUUUACGAAGUGUCUUAUUUACCUAUACGAUAUUACUCAGAAACAAAAAAUUAAUCGUUUGGUUACUGUGAAUAAAAACGAUUACUUUUUCUAAUAUGAUUAAUUUUCUCUGAUAAAAAGAAAAACACUUUUUCAUUAUGAGUACAUAUCAUACAUAAACUCAACAAAACUACUUACGAUAGCACAAUACGACGGAGAUUAAAAUAUAAAUCGCAUCUCGAAUUCAAACAGAUACAUAAAGAGUAAUUUAGUAAGAGUUAAACAUUGCAGGAGUAGUACAAGAAUAUGCUAAAAAAGAAACUAUUAGGAUAUCGAAAUAUUCGAAGUCAAUUUGGUAAUGUUCUAUUUGAAACCAUUACUCAUCAUCAUUCUUCCGUCAUAAAAACGAGAUAGAUGAUUGCAGACUCUUUUGUUUUUCAUUGAAAGAGUCAUUUUUCAAACUAUGAUCUAUUCAAU